UGAUAAAUUACCUAAUAUAAAACAAAAACGAAUACUAAUAAUUCACCCAGUUGAAGGAGCGAGAAAUGCUAUGUUGAAAUUUCUUAAAAAAGCCAAAAAAGUUGAUGCAUUCGAUACUUUUGAUGAGGGUAUCAAAGCAGCAAAAGAAUACAAGGAGUGGAGUGAGCAAUCUGCUUAUGAUAUAUUAUUCAUCAGACUUUACGAAAAUAACGAAGAAGAGACCAUGAAAGUAGUAUUAGAAUUGAGAGAAAUAAAUGGUAAUAAUGAUUUAGUAAUAAUCUUUAUAGUAUUCCCAGGUAAUGAAGGAAUUGGGUUGGCAAAAAAAAUAAUUAAAACUGUUGGAGGAAUAACUUCUGUUAUUCAUACACCAGUUACAUGGAAAAA